AUGGCUGCGUUGUGGCAGGUGAAGGCGAUUUUUCAGUCGAAGCUGGGAGAUGGAAGUGGCGCCUCGCUGGACCGGCAAAGCUACAUUGAAAUUCUUCAGGAUAUUGGUGUCACAUUGCAGGAGGCCAAAUGUCUUCUGCAGGAGUACCCUGAGGACUCAUGGAUUCGUGUGAAAGACUUCUUGGAUAUCUUCUUCACCUCUCCAGAGGCCAGUCUCAAAGACUACUUUGAGAAAGGCUACAAGAAAGGCCUUGUUUUCGAUCAUGAAGACUAUCAGCAUGACGCGGAUGACUGGUGCUGGGUCCACACCAGACUGGGUGUGAAGGUUUGGCAGGACAUCCUCGACCUGACUCGAGCCAGUGAUGCCAGUGGUGUGCAAUGCGUUUUUCACUACACCACUGAGCUUGGCUUUAGAAACAUCACAGAUCCCAGAAAGACACUGGUGGAAGUCUUCGCUUCUCUGAUAACGAAGGGUGAGAAGGCCAACGCCUGGUGGGGGCAAGGAGUUUAUUCCGUGCAGAAGCCCCCAGACGAGUGGCCGGAUAUCGAAGCACUCAUCGACAAUAACUAUCGUAAUAUGCUAAAGAGGGACAUCGACUUGAAGGGUCGCGAGGCAGCUGUGGAGGAGUACAGGUCGAGGGUUGGCUUUUGCAUUCCUAUUCUGGUCAAUGCAUCCAUUGCCUAUGAUGUGUCCAAGAGACAAACGCCUGAAAUGGCGGAGCAGGGGAAGCCCGUUGGUGUGAACUUGGCUGGAAAGCUGCUCAACGAAGAUGGUAUGCCGCCUCGACAAUGUAUCGUCGUCCGAGCGGAAACGGUGGAGGAGAAGGUUGGCAAUGCCAGGGCAGUGCUGAUGGAUGCGCUGCGCUGCCGCGCCAAAGCUAUCGAAGAGAGACUGGGAUCAGAGCAUUCUGAAACGCUGAAGGUGUUGAGCCGGCUGGCGACCGUGCUCGCGUGGCGCGGGUGCCUGGCGGAGUCGGAGCGGCUGCAGCGGCGCAUCCUCGCGAGCCACGCGACCCCCGCGACGCGUCUCACGCGUCGAGGCGAGGAGGCCGAGGAGGCCGUGGAGGCCCUGACGGCGAUGCAUGCUCUGGCGGAGACGUUGAAGGACGCAGGCAAGCUGACGGAGGCCGAGAUGUGGUCCAGAAAGGCGUUGAUGGGAUGUGAAGCUUUGCUGGGAUGGAGGCAUGCGGAGACCCUGAAGUCGGUGAACAUGCUCGGGUUGGUCUUGUGGCAGCAGGGAGAGCUAGGAGACGCUGAGGUACUUUUCAGGAGAGCUUUAGAAGGGCGUGAGACGCAACUUGGGACCAUGCACCCUGACACCCUCAGAUCAAUCAACAACCUUGCAGUGUUGCUGAAGAACUGUGGGAAGCUGAAAGAGGCUGAAGUGCUUUUUUGGAGAGCCUUAGAUGGAUGUGAGAGGCAGCUUGGGGCAAUGCAUCCUGAAACACUGACCUUUGUGAACAACCUGGCAGUGUUGCUGGAGAAGCAGGGCAAGCUUGAGGAAGCUGAACCGCUUUUCAGAAGAGCUCUAGAAGGACGUGAGGUGCCGCUCGGGGCAAUGCGUCCAGACACCUUGACUUCUGUCAACAAUCUUGCGGCGUUGCUGGAGAAUCAGGGAAGACUGGAAGAGGCUGAGCCGCUUUAUCGGAGAGCUUUGGAAGGAUUUGAGGCUCAACUUGGAGCCAUGCAUCCUGAAACCUUGACGUUAGCCAACAACCUUGGGUUGUUGCUGCAGAACCAGGGUAAGCUCGGAGAGGCUGAGCCGCUUUUCAGAAGGGCUCUAGAGGGGCGUGAGACGCAGCUCGGUUUUGCUGGAGAAGCAGGGCAAGUUAGAAGAGGCUGA